ACUGAAGAUGCUUAUGCAAAUCAGUUGUGCUUUCCGACGAGUAAAUCAAUAACUAAAAUCAAAAGUACUCUAACAAACCGCUACAAGGUGAUGUCACCUUUGGUGCCAAAGAUUACCAGUAGAGCAUGUAAAAUGGUUUUGGUGAUGUUUUAG